AUGCAGUACGUCCGCGGCCUGUCCAGCUCUGUGUCCAAGACCUGGAAUUCCAUCAAUCCUGCGACUCUCAGCGGCGCGAUCGACGUCAUCGUUGUUGAGCACGAAGAUGGCUCGCUGGCGUGCUCUCCCUUCCACGUCCGCUUCGGCAAGUUUUCGCUCCUGCGUCCCUACGAAAAGAAGGUCGAGUUCUGCGUAAAUGGCACGAAGCAGCCGUAUUCCAUGAAGCUGGGCGAGGGCGGGGAGGCCUUUUUCGUCUUUGAAACCACAGACAGCAUUCCCGAGUCCAUGCAGACCUCGCCCCUGGUGUCGCCUGCGCAAAGCCCGGAGUCCAAGGCAGAAUCGGCUUCUGCAGACCAGCUUUCAGAGCCACCGCCUCUAAGUCUAGCCACGGACGGGCAGAAUGACGUCCUGGGCAGAGUCAGGGCAAAGAGCGAUCUCGGCGACAAUCCUACCUCGCCACUAGCCGAGCAUGCGUCUGCCGAAUUUCCCAUCCUAAAUAUGGGGCCGCCUGCGGCGCUGGACCGCGGCGUCAGCGACGAGAUUCUUCCCUCCACUAGAGCCGCUCUCUCCAAGGCCUUCACUGACACCGUUCCGACCAUAACCACUUCAGACGAGCCAGAGCCGGGUCAGCUUUCGCACCGAUCCACAAGUCCGCCGCCAGUGUCUCGUCACGAUGCUGUGGCGCGCGCAAUGACUUUGUCGAAAAAGCUCUGGACUUCGAACGUUCCCUCACAGGUGACGGAAGAAGGUGAUUUGAUGCUGGACAUGACAGGCUACAAGAGCAACGAGGAGGACGCUCUGCGGGCGGAAAUUGUGGCGCGUAAGAUCUUGUCGGAGGAACUUGAGGGAAACUACGACAUUGGCGCAUUGAUUGGUGCCGAUGAGAAGGGAAACCUCUGGAUCUACAGCAGCGAAGAGGCCAAGGAGGCUGCGGCACGCAAGCUCGCCAUUCAAGGAUUACAGCCUCAAGCCAUGAGGUCGUCGGAUGCCAUUAGUGAUCCUGGCUAUCACAGCGACGACUCCCCCAGCGAUGCCGAGACGGAGGUCGGAACGCAACCACAGCACAUGCGGCGGGAUUCUGACAGUGGCGUUGGCCUUCUCACGCCGCCUAAGAGUCCCCAUAAUGUGUCUGCGGAGGGCACCAAGAGCUACGCCAAGACUCUAAGGCUCACUGACGAGCAGCUGAAGUCCCUCGACCUGAAGCCCGGCGAGAACUCGAUGUCCUUUACGGUGAACCGAGCAACUUGCCAGGCUUUCAUCUAUUAUUGGCGGCAUGAUGUCCCCAUCGUCAUUUCGGACAUUGAUGGGACUAUCACAAAGUCAGAUGCAUUGGGUCAUGUGUUGAACAUGAUCGGUCGCGAUUGGACCCAUCUCGGAGUCGCAAAGCUCUAUACCGACAUUGCUACGAACGGAUACAAUCUGCUGUAUCUGACUUCGCGCUCCGUCGGGCAGGCGGAUACUACCCGAGCGUACCUAAAUGGUGUCGUCCAAGAAGGUUACAAACUACCUCGGGGACCUGUUAUCAUGAGCCCUGAUCGAACAAUGGCUGCGCUUCGCCGCGAAAUCUACCUUCGGAAGCCGGAGGUCUUCAAGAUGGCAUGCCUGCGCGACAUCAUGAAUCUUUUCACCAAGCCCCCGGGCCAAACCCCUUUCUAUGCCGGUUUCGGCAACCGGUUCACGGACGCCCUCAGCUACCGCUCCGUCAAUAUCCCGUCAACCCGCAUCUUCACGAUCAACUCGAACGCCGAAGUGUCGCUUGAUUUGUUGUCUCUUAACAAGUACAAGACCGGUUACCAGAGUAUGCGCGAGAUUGUUGAUCAUUACUUUCCUCCUGUUGGCCUGCUGGUGCAGAACGGAGGCGAGGAAUUUACGGAUUUCAACUACUGGCGUGAAAGGCCACUCGAUCUGGAUGAGUUUUCAGCUAGCGAAAGUAGUGACAGCUCAAGCAGCGAAGACGAAGACGAAGACCGGAGGAGCUUGCACAGUGAGGAUGAGGCGGAGAUCGAAGGAGAGCUCGGCGACAGCUACUUAUCGCGGGAUUCCAUUGACGAGACAGGCCAGAUGGAAGAUUCUAUGAUGGAAGACUCCAUGAUGGCUAGCUCCAUCGCCGAGAGUGCCGAGGGUGAUGGUGUGGAAGACGAGGAGGAAGAGUAUGAAGAUGAAGAGGAGGAGUACGAAGCGGAGGAUGAAAUCGGUGAAGAGGAGGCGCUGGAACUGGACAGGCAACUCGAUGCGCUUGACCUCGACUCGGAUUCACCUCCGUCCCCGACUAUAACGAAGGCUCAACCCUUCGUGCCUGGCUCGCCUGCGCGUUCGGAAAAGACCUUAGAGCCCAGCUCUCCCAAGAUGUAG